AUGGGUGUCAAUUCGUCCUCCCGACAGGAUGCGAGCUUUCUGUCGGAUGAAGACGUGAACUUUGACCACUUUCAAAUACUGCGCAACAUCGGCAAGGGCAGCUUCGGUAAGGUGUGCAUCGUGCAGAAGAAAGACAGCGGCAACCUGUUCGCGAUGAAGUACGUCAGCCGUAACGUGUGCAUCGGCCGUGGCGCGCUCGGUGGCGUCCUGAAGGAGGUGGAACUGCUCGCCUCCCUCGAGCAUCCCUUUCUCGUGAACCUUUGGUUCUCGUUCCAAGAUGAGGAGGAUUUGUUCAUGGUUUGUGAUUUGUUGGCCGGUGGCGACUUACGGUAUCAUUUGCAGCACCAGGUGGAAUUUUCGGAGGCCGGUGUGGGUCUGCUGGUUUGUGAGCUUGGUUCCGCGCUGGAUUACCUACAGAAGCAGCGCGUCGUGCACAGGGACAUCAAACCGGACAACAUCCUGCUGGACGAGGAAGGUCAUGCGCAUCUGACGGACUUUAACAUAGCGACCCGAUUGCCGCCGGACGGACUCGCCUGCAGCAUGUCCGGCACCAAACCGUACAUGGCCCCGGAAGUAUUUAUGUGUGCCUUAGAGGAAAUCGCCGGUUACAGCUAUCCGGUCGACUGGUGGAGUCUUGGUGUGGUCGCCUACGAGCUGCGGAGUGGUGGCCGACCCUUCGUCGUACACUCGUCGACACCGCUCGCCGAGGUGAAAAACAUACUCAACACACAGCCGCACUAUCCCCGCCACUGGAGUGACAACUUCGUCGAUCUGCUCUCCAAGCUGCUGAAUGUGCAUCCCGGCGCACGCAUCAGCACACUGAAGGAGCUGCAUCUGACGAAGCUGUUGCGCGGCACUGACUUUGAGCGUGUGCUGGCCAAGCGCACGAACCCACCGUUCAAGCCUUCGAAGGAUCACCUCAACUGUGACCCAAGCCUGGAGCUGGAGGAGAUGAUCGUCGAGACGAAGCCGCUGCACAAGAAGAAAAAGCGCCUGGCGAAGCAGCGGUCCGUGCACAAGGAAAACAACGACCAGCUGCACAGCCAGCUCGAUACGCAGCUGCUGAAGGAGUUUCUCGUCUACAACCGCUACAAGGAGCUGAAGCGUAAGGCGAUGGAAGCGAAAGAGUCCGAAUGGCAGCAGGAGCUCGAUCAGGCGAUGGCCAACUCGCACGUGUCGAGCCCCGGCCUGCCGGUCGACCGUGGUCUGGCGACGAUCAGCGAACGGGCCGAGCAGGUGUCCGGUGUCAGCAGCGUAACAGGAGCGACCGGGCCACCGACCCUUUCCCGCUCGGCCGACCCGAUUGCGUCCGCCCCGGUACCGGUACCUGGGACGGGUCGGUCCGGUUCCACCGCCGACACGAUCGACUACAUCGACCGGACACCGUCGCCGAAGAGCAGCAUCUAGCACCACCCACCGGGAUCGGGCGAGUCCUGCCACAUUAUCUGAGCCGGACGGGACCGGGAGGCUUGUGAUACACCAGCGGUACACCCGAGGCCAACGCCGCAGGAAGAGACUGACAUCCCCACCGCUCGAAACCACGUGUCUACGCCGUAGAAGCCGUAGUGCCCGUGGGCUGGGGUGUGGCUACGCCGCCGUGGCGCGGGAAGUAUAUUACCGGACCCACCUGCAUGCAACGUGCCGUGGGUACAUUUAGCACCGGAGGCAAUCAUUUAUCAACCAGAAAGAGCAGCUAGAGGUGGUACACAUUCGCAUUAAAACUGCAUGCUGCAUUUAGCUCGUAAGCAAACGAAACGGUGCUGCUAAUGAUCACGCGAACCGCGAGUGAGCUAAACUGAGCCACACUCACGCGGAGAAGUGGUAAUGGUUUUUCUUUCGUUGCCUAUCCUUUCGGCUCCCACCUGUAUUUAGGCUACUUAGCAGAAAGAGAGAGAGAGAGAGAGAGAGAGAGAAAGAGAAAGAAAAAAGGUCAAAUAAACCGGCGAACAGAAACGCCAGUCAAUUGCACAGUACGACGAUCGAUUGCGCCUUGCAGUACGGCAGAUGGGUAAUUUAUCACACCGACGAACGCUUAACGGCCUGCCAUGUCUGUAGGUGCAUGUACACCUACUCAUCCCCUAUCCCUACCACACACACACCUAUUGUGUACAUCCUCUAGAACGAUUUUACGCUCCCGUGCUUAUUUGCCAAUCGAAUAAAUCACCCAGUCGUCAGACCGGUGGCCGCAUAGCUGCCUACCUUCCAGGCGACUGUCGUACAAUCGCAAAGCACCCGCACCGAGCGCAUUUGAAUGUAGCAAGUGCAAAAACGAAGUAGAACGUAUAUGUUAGUUUGUGA